GUCAUAAGUUGUUUAUUUGCAAACAAGAAAUUUAAUAACAAGAGAGUUUCAAAUAUUUUAAAUAUAAAAAGAAAGAUUCAAUUAAAUAAUGGCACCAAAAAAUGCAAAGGGGAGCAGUAAGAAGCAGAAGGAACUGGAGUCAGAUCCCGGAUACAUUGCAAAAAGAGAAAGAAACAAUGAAGCAGUGAGAAAAUCUAGAGAAAAAUCAAAACAAAAAUCAGAACAAACUAUGAAGCGUGUAAAGAAACUUAGAGAAGACAACAAACUUUUAGAAGGGAAAAUUGAAGAACAGAAGAAAACAAAAAAAUUCCUUAAAGAUUUAUUUCUACAGCAAACCACUAAUAAAAUGGAGCAGCCUUCAAAAGAACAAUGGGACCUGAUUAAUAACACAGAUUCAAGCGAGGAAUCUGAUCACGAUUCAGAAUCUGCAAUGGAUUCUGAUGAAGAUUCAAACCUGGGUAGUCCAACUUAUUCAACCACGAGCAGCACGAAAGGCAACAAACGUUAAACUCUUUUGAAAACAACUUCACAAUUCUAUUGAUUAGCACUUAUGAAGUUACUUUGUUCGUUUUCAUAAUUAUUUUUAAUUAACAAAAUAAAUAUAAGAAAAUAUAUUUUUUUAAAAAACAAAGAUUCAUAUUUUUUAUUAGAUAUGUAGUAAGAAGGAAGAGGGGGAAAUUGUGAAGAGACAAGAUAGUGACAUCAGUAUUUGCCAAGGAUAAAACAAUUC